UGGCGGCUAUCUGAUGCUGGCCUAUUGACCCUCAACUCAUCCCUCUCCUUAAAAUUGGUGAAGUUUUAAAAUCAAGUGAAAAAUGGUUAUCUUAUGGGUUUGCUUUCAACUCAUCCCAUUUUGAUCUUGUUGCCAAUGCUCUCUUAUCUUUUAACAUAAGAUCACUUUCUUUUCGGCUCAUGGAAAGAUAGCCACCACACACAUUGGAUAUAGGAAGUUGAACCCUUGAACCUUGAGACAUUUACAAACCAGAACACAGGUUUCCUUUGCUUUUGAAUACUAUUUCCUUCAUUUAACUACAGCCAUAUAUGCCUAGGGAGCUUCAUGAUUUAGUAGAUUUUGUACAAAACAUAUUAGAAUAUCGUCUACUUUUUAGACUACAGAUGAGGACGUUGUCUUUAUUCAUCCCCGUGUAGUUUAUACUUUUGUGUUUCGGAUUGAUCUGGGUUCGACCCAUCAAAUAUUAUGAUUCUAUAUGCAAUUGUUAAUCAGGUAGCACUUUUGGAGAUAGAUAUUUAACAAGCUCCCUUUUCUGAAUUCGAAGCCAACCAGCUUCAAAAUUGGACAGUAGCUAUGUUCCAUAUAGGUUAAAGUUCAAUUAGUGGCUCUUGAUGUUGCAUAAGCUUAUUAGAGUGUUUAAUUGGACAGAUUCUUGUGUAUAGGUCACAUUGUCCAAGGUGUGUUGCUAUGCAGAUUCUUAAAAAUUAUAUUUAUUUAUUUUUUAAAACUAUGUCCAUGAAUUUAAACAACAUUUAUUACAAAUGAAUUCAAUAUCCAUGCAUUAACAUCGCUUCCAUCCCCUUUUCUUAUAAUUCAUAAACAAGCAUCAUGAUACACAAGUGUUGAAAACGAUUGCUGUAAACUAUUAUUUAAAACCCUAGUGACCUAAGACUAUUACAAAUUGAUUGGGUCCAUAACUUUUUUAAAAACAUCAAAAAGUCAUAUUUGUCCUUCAAACUCACCUCCCCUUCUACUUACCCUAAAUGUUCAUUCCCCUCAUUGACCAAUUGAUUCAUGUCAUGCAUAGAAUGGAAAACAAUGUACAUGUUCUAUAUUCCUCAUACAUACAUAUAUGCAUACAUACAUAUAAACAUGCCCGUUUCACUAUAUAUAAGCCUUCAUCCAUCCUUACAUUUUAUUAGCUUCCCACUCCAAGGUAGUGAGAGAGGAUGGGUACAGAGAGGUUAAGCUCUUCUCAGGAUGAUAAUGAACUGAGAAAGGGGCCAUGGACAUUGGAAGAAGACUUAAUUCUGAUGAAUUACAUUGCCAAUCAUGGUGAAGGAGUAUGGAAUUCACUGGCCAAAGCUGCAGGUCUCAAACGUACCGGGAAGAGUUGUCGCCUCCGAUGGCUGAACUAUCUUCGGCCUGGCGUUCGGAGAGGCAAUAUAACUCCUGAAGAGCAGGUCUUGAUCAUGGACUUGCAUUCUAAAUGGGGCAACAGGUGGUCAAAAAUUGCGAGACAGCUUCCUGGAAGAACAGACAACGAGAUAAAGAAUUACUGGAGGACGAGGAUACACAAGCAUAUGAAGCAGCAAGAGGAAGGCGAGAAAGUUGGUGAGCUGAUGAUAUCGAUCGCUAGCGGUUUGGAGACGAACGACGAUGGUGGCAUCAGCCCUUGUAGCCAAGUUUCAAGCAUUCAUAAUGUUGCAGAGCCGAUGGAGAUCAGCCAUGACUACCUCCCAUCAUCUCAAGGAGAUAUUGAGGCUAUGGCCUAUGAGCACACAACUUGGCCUCGUGAGAAUGGGGCAAGUAAUGACAACUACUGGAGCAUGGAGGAUCUCUGGUCCAUGCAAUUACUUAAUUGAAAUGUUUGCAGGGAGGAACAAGAGCUGUGUUUAAAUUAUGUAUAGUUUAACCUUAAAUAAAAAUUUUCCUUCUAUAGUUUUGAUCUUUUUUAUGGGAUGUUCAUCAGAAACUCAUGUUGAUGUUUCU